AUGUGCAACAUUCAAUUGAUAAUUAUUAUUGCAAUUCUGGUGGUUGUGGCAAGCGAUAAACUUUUAUUUCUUCAGGCGAUUUGGAGGCAUGGUGACCGCUCACCCAUAAAAUCAUGCAAAGGUUAUCCGAUACGUACAAAGCAUUGGCUUCAAGGAAAGGGGCAGCUUACACCGGAGGGAAUGAUGCAGCACGUUAAAUUAGGAAAAAUUAUUUACAAACGCUACGUUAACUUACUCAAAUUUCUCAGUCCAUAUUACGAUGCACGUCAGAUAUAUGUACGUUCGACAAAUGUGAAUAGAACUUUAGUGAGUGCAGUGGCAAAUUUCAUUGGCUUUUACAGCAAUCCAUCUCAGAAUGAGCGCAUUGGGAUCGAUUUUCCGAACAUAACGGAAUGGCCGCGGGGUUUUGUUGCUGUUCCGGUACAUACCGUUCCUGAUGAGACUGAUUAUGUAGGUAAUCCUGAUACGAAUUGUCCACGACAAAAAUGGCUCUCAGAAAUAAUGCAUCAAACACCUGAAUGGAAAUUUUUAGCAGAAA